AUCAAGCCAGGUUAACAAAAGAUACACGCCACUAUAUACAGAGAAAUCUAUUUACACAACAUGGAGAAGAAACAACCUCGUCGCUGAGGUGAGCAAAUGAACCACAGUGAGUGAUCGCAGCUGAAACUGAGGUGAGAGAAACAUUCAGAGAUUCAGUGUUCAGAGGCUCUCACUCCGUAUACAGCUGUGCAGGAGAGAUGCCGAGGAAAAUCACUGAGUUUUUUCAUCCAGCAUGUGCCGAGAGCUGAUUAUUCCUUCACCCUGUACACAACUGGAGUAAAAAAGACAGAAUGAUGUGCUUUAAUGUGUCUGAACGAAACACUCUGGGCUUUGGAGGAGCUAAAUGGCAGGAACAGGUGGUCAAAUUCACUGAAUCAUAAGAGGGAUUUGAGUGCUGAUGAAAAUGAACUUUGGGACAGUUGUCAUCAGUGCGGGUCUCUGUGGGCUGCUCAGUUUCAUCCUGCUCGCCGUGUCCAUUGCCACUGAUUACUGGUACAUUAUAGAUGUGGAUAAAGGGACGAACUCCAGCCUGGAAUACAGCAGCUCUCACUCCGGACUCUGGAGGAUUUAUGAAGGAGAGAAUGGCAGUUAUCAUGACAUCUCGUUCUACACGGACACCUCCAACCACACUGAGCAGGAGAAGCACCUUUUAAACUUGCACAGGGUCAUCGUGGUCCUGCUGCCUUUCAGCCUGGUGCUGCUAGUCUUUGGGGGCAUCUUCGGUCUGGUGGCGUCUUUGGCUCAGAGCUUCUCUCUCCUCACCUGCAUCGCUGCAUAUUUCCUCAUCUGCAGUCUGUUGACGGUGUCUGGUGUGAGCAUCUAUAUCAGUUACUCUCAGCAGGCUUUGGAAGAGCUGCAGCACAUGGUGGAUGUGGAGUCACUGGCUCACGUCCACAUGUCCUUCGGCUGGUCUCUGGCCAUGGCCUGUCUGUCCUUCUGCCUGGAGAUGCUCGCGGGGAUCCUGCUCUCGCUAGCGGCCCGUCUCGUCCGCCGGCAGUGUCACCACGAGCCUGCGGCAGUGUUCUUCAUGAGCCAGAGUUCACCACAGCUUCUGAGACUGCAGUGAUGACGAUGGUGAUGUGGUCUACAUUCAGAUCAUGAUCAGGGAAUGAGUUUGUGCUCUGUCAAAGUUGAAAUGGAGAGUGUCGGCUGGCAAACGAGACAGCUGCAUCAAUUAUUGAAGGAGAGGCUCACUCAAGGACUGCGAAAUCUGUGAGCAUCACUCGACUGUGUCCGUGCAAUCACAUAUUUUCCUCAAGGCUUCUGGAAACUUGUUUUCCUACACAUUUUUACAGUAUAGUUUUUUUUUCUCCAAAAACAGAAUAAUAACUCAUAGUGGUAUGUCUGUUCAGCAAUGAAAUGUUUUGGUUAAUGUUCCUAUAAUAUAAAAUUGAAAAUAUAUAUUACUGGUUAAUCAAAUUAAGACAUUUAUUUGUUCAUUACCAACAAUAGCUGGAGUAAACAUAUUAAAUAACAAAAAGUAAACUAGUGUUUAAAAGUUUGGGGUCAGUUUGAUGACAGCACAACUGUUUUCAACAUUGAUAAUAAUACUGUAUGUUUCUUGAGCAUCAAAUCAUCAUAUUAGAAUGAUUUCUGAAGGAUCAUGUCAUACUGAGAUUUAAUACAUUAAAUUGUAGUUGUUUCUUCAUAGAAAUCGUUCUGUGGUAAAACUUAGUAACCAACAUUUCAUGAAUCGUCAUUGUGAAGUACCAUAAUAAACAUGACUUAAGCCCA